AUGGCCGCUAUCCAGCUCAACUUCACCCUCCGCACUUCCGCUAACUGCAAGACCGUGCACUUGCUCGGCUCUUGGGACAACUACGCCGGCCAACUUCCACUUUCCAAGGACUCCAGCAAGGCCGGUGGAUGGAAAGGUACCUUCCGCUUUCAGGGCGCUACUCUCAAGCAGGGUCAGCGAUACUGGUACUACUACAUCAUCGAUGGCUACCACGUCUCCCACGACCCAGCCCGCGAGUCCGUCACCGAGCCCACUACUGGCCGCAAGUUGAACACUCUCGACAUCCCAUCCGCCAAAGGUGGUGAGGUCGUCGCCCGCUCUUCAGCCAAGGCCGCCAGGCACGAGCGACGCAUCUCGUCCUCGACCGUUCCCAAAGGUCGCUCGCUCUCGCCCUCUCAGAUCAAGUCUCCACAGCCAACCCGCCCCCUCGAGACCUCGCAGGUCAGGACCGAGAAAUGGCCACGCAUGACCGUCGAGCAAUUGUCUCGCCAGCUCUCGUCCACCGGUCUCCAGGACUCCGAGGAUGACUCCAGCAGCGAGGAGGAGAGCGACAACGAGUCCGAUGUCCCAUCCCUCAGCUCCAGCCGCAGCUCCAACUCUUCAUCCCCGUCUUCCGUCUCGUCCACCAGCUCUUGCUGCACUUGCGAACGCUACGGCAUCACCCGUGCCGGUGCUCGUGUCAAGUUGGAUUGUGGUGGUUCCCGAUGUGGAUCUGAUGGUUCGGAAUGUUCUUCUGAAUCCGAGGAGGAGACUGUCGCGCGCGCUACUCGCAGGCAGGGUAUUGUCAUCAGGAAGUGA